AUUUUAUUUUAUAAUUCCAUGUAUUUAUACUUAUAAAAACAAAAAAACUUUACUUCAUUAAACUUGGAGUUUCGGAAAUGUCUCUAAUGUUGACACAAACUUCUCGAAAAUGCUCCGUUUUUGAAAAAGCGCGUCAGAAAAAAAAAAGCUGGGUUCUAACUCAAGUAUGACGUUUUAUAGUUCAAAACAUUGCAUCGCGUGAAAGAGUCACAACACAGGCUACACGAUUUGCUAGAAGAAUCUACUUCUUUCCUGCUAUAUUUCUUUUCAAAUCUGUAACAAAUUACUUCUUUGAAAAUACAGUGUUAGUUUUGUAAGCAAUGGAUCAAAUUCGAAGCGAUUCAAGUUCUAACGAAGAUGAAAACGAUGACAUACCUCAUUUAUCCACUCUCAGACCCUUUAAAUUUGAACCAGAAUUUUCUUUGGAAGAACUGAAUAAAUUAGGAACGUGUAGUUCCGAGAGUGAUGAGGAAGAAGAUGAAGUUUCAAGGAUCGGCAAUAAUAACUGGUGCCAAUGCGGUGGUCACUGUAGAGCGAUGGAGUCGUACAGUGAAAGCUUGUGUUGCAGGGAUACAAAUGAAAUUCCUGACCAUCAUUUUGAAGGUCUUGUAACAAUGGCGGUGUUGAAAACGUGACACAACGUGACUCUCUAUAGUUGACAAUUUUUUUUGAAGUUAUUUUGAGAUAGCAAGGGACGGUGUAUUUAAACAAUAUAUAUUUUAGAUCUAUGUCUUACAAAGUUUUGUCCGUGACAUUAUACAAAAUGACCUUCAUGGAGGAAUGCAUUACAUAUGUAUAAUUAUUAUUUUUCUAUUGUAAUAUAUAUUUUUCUCUUUGUUCUGUUUUCAAUGUAGUUUUAAUGUUUUGUCGUUUUUGUGUUGAUUUAAAAACUAUUAAAUAUUGUAUUGUUUGAGAUGUUACUGUUGGGUAAACUCAGGUGACAGAAAAAUCUUCCUUUUCAAAUAUUUUAAACACGUUUUGGGGAAUUUCCGUACAAAUUGGUUUUGAUGAAUUGUCAAUGUUCGUUUCUGUUGUUAGGUAUAUAAAUAUCGGUUGACGUUAUCGUUUUUGUAAACAUCGUAUGAAUGAGAAGAAUUCUUUGUAUUAUUUAUCGACAAUCCUUAAUUAUAAAUAUAAAAUUUUUUUAACAUUCAUUUUCUACUUUUUUUUUUUACAAAAUUUGACGACAUGUACCAGCCACUUGAAAUUUAAUGCUUUUGUUUAUCUCUAAAUAGGUUAACAAGCAGUUGAUUCUCUAAGUUGGAAUUUAAACUGUAAUUCCACUGACUCCAACAAAUUUUCUGCCAAACUUUCUGUCGCAGGCAUGCGCUCUUUCAGAUGUUUCGCUGCUAACCAAAUUCAACAGAUAACUUUUUUAUAUAUCUUGCGUUUGAUUAAAAGAAAAUAAACCAGUAACAAAAGAAUAACUAAUUAAAGAAAAAGCGAACUAAAGUUCAAAUAUAAUUCUUCUGUUUAAAACUGUACUGGAGUAAAAAUUAAUAAAUACUUUCUGUUUUAAACACUGUCGUUUUGUUGGGGUUAAAUAUCUAACUUAUCGCCUGUUUUUAGCAAAAUGUAGAAAGAAUAACCAUCGUCAUGUGUGCCAAUGUUUGAAGAGUUUGCGAGUUUGUUAACAAGUUACGCCUUAAGCUCGUCACAUAUAUCUCUCGUGUGUUGAAUCUCAAUGUCGCAUUUGUUUUUUAAUAAAAAUGGCAAUUGUUAAGAUCUGUUAAAAACAAAGUAGACUCUGGUAAAUUCAUUUGUAAUUUUAGACAUAAAUAAUGACUUGCCAAGUUGCUGACGAAGCAACUGACUUGAUACAACAUGAAGAACAAACAAUCGAUCUGUCAAACUGGAUGACAAAUCUGCAUGAUGACUUGACACACGUCCCUGUCAAUCAAUUAGCCAUUCCUGGAUCACAUGACUCGGGGGCGUUUUGGCUAGAUCCUCAUUCUCCUGUGUGUCCAGACGAACCUUCCACAAUUCGAAAUUUGGUCAAAGUGUUCGGGAGUUGUGCGAAACAUAUUGUCAUAAAAUGGAGUACCACACAAAAACUGGUCAUAUCAGAGCAGCUGGAACACGGAAUUAGAUACUUUGACAUGCGCAAUGGAUACUUGUCAUCAGAGGAUGACGUCUUUUUCGUGCACGGUGUAUAUGGACAUAAGAUUGAUGACUUGUUACGCGCAGUACAAGUGUUCCUGAAGACACACCCUAAAGAAGUUGUUGUAGUGGAUUUCAAUCAUUUUUAUAGUAUGACAGACGCGAUUCAUUCAAGGUUGGCAAAAUCCAUCUUGAGUAUUUUUGACGGGAUGAUCUUUCCUGCUAACAGUAAUGGAAUCCGAUUCACUCUGCACGAUAUGCGCGAAGUUGGAAAACAAGUUGUGAUCGUAUACGAUAACUCCACAGUGUGCCAAAAAUACACUGAAUUUUGGCCAAGUACUGCAAUUUUUUCCCCAUGGCCGAACACUUGCUCAGUCACAAAGCUUAUUGAUUCAUUGCACAAAAGAUUCGAUACGUUGAGAGCGGAUUCAUUUAACAUUUUCCAAGCCAUACUAACGCCACAGACAAGCACGAUCGCUGCUCACGUGUUCAGCUCGCUUGAGAAGUCUUUAGCGAAAAAAUGCGACAAAGCCGUCGCGGAAUGGUUGGCUAAUGUCUAUACAUCAAAACAACUCGGGGUGAAUAUUGUGAUAUGUGAUUUUAUUUCGUUAGACUUUUGCAGUCUUGAUAUCAUCAGAUUGAAUGAUCUUUUGAUAAAUGACAAAAAAUAAGUGAAAUUGUCAAGUGAAAAUGAAUUACAUGUUGUUAUUUAUUUUAAAGAUGUGUUUACACAAGAUCAGGGCUUAAAUAUUUUUUCCUUCAUUCUGAUUUACUUGAAAAACAUGUUACAAAUUUUUUUGCUCGCCUGCUCUCUAUUUCGAAAUAACUCAAACUACAGUGCGAGCCGAUCUUUCUCUUCUGAAGUCAUCAAACUUUAAAAUUUUGGUCAAGGCCAGCAUGGUGUAGUUAAAUUAUUCGGUAUAAUAGAUAUGGUAAUGUUUAUAACAUUGUUUUUAUUUUUUUUUUGUAAAUGUGCAAAUAAUUUCAAAAUUUUCUUUUUAACUUCUAUUUUCAACGCGAUAUGAAAACGAAAGUUUGAACGUAAUCAUAUGGAAAACAACGCCAUUAUGGGCGGUUAUAAAGAACCAAUAAGAUGUUAGCUCUGAAAAAGGUUUUUGGAGAUAUGUCAUAAUUUUUUUACGCUAUAUAUAUAUAUAUAUAUAUAUAUAUUUUUAAUUUUUACAAAUUUACAUUUUUAAGUUGAAUCCCGCUUUGUUAGGUUUUUAUGUCCAGCUACACGUUUU